AUGAAGUUUUUCAAUCCAAGUGACAUUUUUGAUAACAUCAUCCAAACGGUGCAACAGAUGCCAGUAGAGGCAUUCUACUUCAGAAGACAGAUCAGAAGAGUAGAUAAUUAUACAGAAAAGUAUAGGAAGAAGCUUAAGAAGGCAGUAAAGAGGUUGCCAAAUAAAAAUGAGGAAAAAAUAAAUAGAAUAGAAAGGAAAUUGACACAGGCAUUUUCAAAGAAGAGGGAAUUAAUAGAGAGAUUUAGAGAAGCAAUAAAAAGUCACAUGGUAUUCUUUAGGAAACUAAAUGAGCUGACGAACAAUACGAUAAACGUAGGAGAAAUGGCUUUGAAGGUGAAUUGUGCAAAUGUGGUGAAAGUGAGUAGUCAAACUGAUGAUGAUGGAAUUUAUUGUUCGUGUAAAUCAAAAGCACAAGGAAAUAUGAUAAUGUGUGCGAAUCCAUAUUGUGAAAUACGUUGGUAUCAUUUUAAAUGUGUAGGAAUUCUAAAAGCAUCUAAAACACAAUGGAAAUGUUCAAGAUGUGUUGCAGAAUCAGGUUAA